AUGGCCGACCCCAGACCCAAGAAAGCCAAGAUCUGUCUCUGCAUGUUUCUAUGUCUUCUGGUGGCGGGGGUCAUCGCGGUGGUGGUCGGAAUCCGGAUGUGGCGCCACUCGUCCGAGCACAUGAAGUGGAAUGGGACGGGCAGCACUGCCCAUUUUCAAGAAAUCAUCCUGGAGCGAUGCUACAACUACAUGCGGUUGGUGCAGCCGGCGCUCAGAGAUAGAGACUGCCAAAAGAUCACGGAGGCAUUCAGGAAUGCAUUUAUCUCUAAGUACCCCUGCAGUGUGACAGAGGAAGACUACUACCCACUGAUGAAGCUGGUGCAUCAAACUGUGCCUUGUGACAAGACAGUCUUUUGGAGCAAAACAAAGGAGUUGGCGCAUCAGUACACGAAGGUCCAGCGAGGGAUGUUCACCCUGGAAGACACACUGCUGGGUUACAUUGCGGAUGACCUUAGCUGGUGCGGAGAUGCAGGCUCUUAUGAAUUGAACUAUCAAUCUUGUCCACACUGGAAGAAAGACUGCAGCAACAACUUUGUUUCUGUAUUCUGGGACUUGCUGUCCAAAAGGUUUGCAGAAAAUGCCUGUGGUGUGGCCCAGGUGGUGCUCAAUGGAUCCAUCAGUAACGCCUUUGAUAGAAAGAGCACUUUUGGACGCGUGGAAGUCCCUAACUUGAAUCCAAUGAAGGUUCAUACGCUACAGGCUUGGGUGAUCCAUGACCUUGGAAAAUUUCCCAGUGACUCAUGCUCGGGUUCCUCCAUAAAUGAUCUGAGAUUGAUUAUAAAGCAAAGGAAUAUCAAAUUUACUUGCCAGGAUUACUACAGCUCUGUCAAGUUUCUUCAGUGUGUGAAAAAGCCUAAGGAUUCAUCUUGCAGAUGAGCCAGUCUGUGUGGCUGAGGCCGUGCAGUAUACAUCAACAUGCACGACUCAGGAGACACGCUGGUGGAAAGCUGAGGAUGCGGGGGAAUUCUCUGUCAUAAUAUCAACACCGGAGAUGGGAGCCUUUUCCUCUAAAGUCUUAAAAUAACUUAUGUUAUUGGCAUAGUUUUUAUUUCGAUCUCCUAAUAGUCAAGAAAAAUUAAUUAUUGUAUAAAAUUAGAGUGGAAAUUUUAUAUUAUUUCAUUUUAAUUUUCAUAUGAUGCUUUAUGUUAUUAAU